CCCCGUGGGCAAGUGAGAACGGCAGGCAGAGCGCGCUACUACACACCGAGAACCUGCUGAAGGCCGUUGGAGUCACGCGCUGUAAAUUAUGUACAUAAGUUACUGAUAAUUUUCGGAUACACAUGAAUGGUCGGUGUUCCAACUUGAAGCCGACAAGCCGAGGAGCGGCUGUGGAAAUGUGUGAACCCACGGCUGGCAUCGUCUGAACCGGAGCACGUACACCAAGUACUCUGCCUGUCUCUCCCAGACCGAGGCUCGACGACUCCGGGGGGAUUUUCGAGCGGACAACGCCGCGGCACAAAGCCCACCAUAUACUGAGAAAACAAACACAGGGAGCAGAAUUUUUUUUUUCUACAGAGCCUUUUAUAAUGUAUUUUUUCAGUGGGUAUAACAUAAUUUUGUGAGAAAAAACCCCAGUGUAAAUACCGUGCAAUAUAUGGUUUGUAAAUAGCUAUAGAAUAACAGAGCAGAGCUGUGUUUAAGCUAGCUGUAUGGACUGAACAGCUCGGCUUUUUCACUAAAUUCAUCGCUGGAACGACGGAGUGCGAUGCUACAUUUAGAGUUUACUUGAAGAUAUUCACACACCAUUUUAAAAGAAGACGAUUGCAGCUUUUCCAGCAGUUUUGGUUUAGUGUGAGUUUGUGAAAGCUGGAUCCUAUAUGGUUUACUUUGAUUAGCAAUGCACCCAAGGCUCUGAAUAAAAUGUAGGAGAAGGCAAGAAGAAAAGUAAGGACUGCUGCUGUUGUCUCACCCUCUUGGGUUAUUUGAAAACAUCUAAGAAACGUAGACAAGUAACAAGAGAGACAAAAAACAAAGGAGCCUCUAGUGACCAGUUUGACCAAAAAAGGCCCUCAGUCAUCUGCAGCACUGGAAGAACAGCCUGACAGAGUAGAGGCUGUGAGUAGGUGACCACAGAAAGAGAGAGAGACGGAGGCUGACAGAGGAGCAAAGGUUUGGAGGAGGAGGAGGAAGUCCAAGAGGAGUGGAAAAAGCCAUUCCUCAUGGCUACUGACCCCGGAGAGCCCACAGGCACCGAGGAGUCCUCGGAGAAACCUGAUGGACGAAGGGAGGAGGGCACGGAGCGGGAGGGUAGGGCCAACUCACAGAGGGAGAGGUUGCACAGCACCCCCUCGGACUUACCCUCCUCCCAGACUCAGGAGGGAGAACAACUGAAGGAGAGGUUGGAGGAAUCCGGGGAGGAGGGGGAGGGGAACUCAGCCAGGAAGGGAAGGAGAACCCAGUUCAACCUAUUUCAUUCACUGCACCUUCUUUAUCGGUCGACACGGGUCAGAAAAAGAAGUGGAGGUGCCUCCAGAGGCACCUCACAGUGCCCCCCACCUGGAGCUACGCUCCUCAGAUACAGUCUUCACCAGCAGUGCCAGCAGCAAGGAGCUGCAUCAUCCUGUGCUGCCCUUGGUCAUGACCCAUCCUGUGCCAGCUCAUCCCAGGAGCCUGGCAAGGAUGUUCCAACCUCCUCAUCCACUCAGAAGGGGAAGGAGAGGGAGCGUGAGCAGGAGGAGGAAGCAGAGAUGAAGGCUGUGGCCACCUCUCCUGGAGGAAGGUUUCUCAAGUUUGACAUUGAACUUGGCAGAGGAGCCUUCAAAACUGUCUAUAAAGGGUUGGACACAGAGACCUGGGUGGAAGUGGCAUGGUGUGAACUUCAGGACCGCAAGCUGACCAAAGCAGAGCAACAACGCUUCAAGGAGGAGGCGGAGAUGCUGAAAGGGCUCCAGCACCCCAACAUUGUUCGCUUCUACGAUUCCUGGGAGUCCGUGCUGCGUGGCAAAAAGUGCAUCGUUCUUGUCACUGAACUCAUGACUUCAGGGACACUUAAAACUUACCUGAAACGCUUUAAAGUCAUGAAACCCAAGGUCUUGAGGAGCUGGUGUAGGCAGAUCCUGAAGGGCCUUCACUUCCUUCACACCAGGACUCCUCCGAUUGUCCACCGGGACCUUAAGUGUGACAACAUCUUCAUAACAGGCCCUACAGGCUCAGUUAAGAUUGGGGACCUUGGUCUGGCCACCCUUAUGAGGACCUCUUUUGCCAAGAGUGUUAUAGGAACUCCAGAGUUCAUGGCUCCAGAGAUGUAUGAGGAGCACUACGAUGAGUCUGUUGAUGUCUAUGCUUUUGGGAUGUGCAUGCUGGAGAUGGCUACUUCAGAAUAUCCUUAUUCUGAGUGCCAAAAUGCUGCGCAAAUCUAUCGCAAAGUCACAAGUGGUAUAAAACCAGCCAGCUUUGAUAAAGUGAAUGACCCAGAGAUCAAAGAGAUAAUUGAAGGCUGCAUUCGUCAGAACAAGAGCCAGAGACUCUCCAUCAAAGACCUACUGAACCAUGCAUUCUUUGGGGAGGACACAGGGGUUCGGGUGGAGCUUGCAGAAGAAGACACAGGCACCCAGGAUUGUUUGGCACUUCGGAUUUGGGUUGAAGAGCCCAAGAAACUCAAGGGAAAACACAAAGACAAUGAGGCCAUUGAGUUCAGUUAUGACCUGGAGAAUGACAGUGCUGAGGAGGUGGCUCUAGAGAUGGUGAAAUCAGGCUUCUUCCAUGAGAGUGAUGCCAAGGUGGUGGGAAAAUCCAUUCGGGACCGAGUAAAUCUGAUCAAAAAGUCACGCGAGCGGCGGCAACAGCAAGUUCUCCAACAGCAGCAAGGCUUUGAAGAAAGAAGAGACUCCACUCUCACCUCCUACACCUUUACUCACCCUACUGGCACAUCCUCUCUAGGGCAAAGGGCAGCUGGACUGACAGGAGGUGCACAUGAGUCUGAGGAGAUGCCUGAAUUUGACCAGCAUGUCCGACAACAGCACAUUCUUAGUUCGACCACGCUCAGCCUGCCAGAAGGUGAGAGCAUGGGGUCAGCCAGUUGUGAAUCUUAUGCAAGUGGACAGAGCCAGGCAUACUCUCAACAAGGGGAGUCGUACACCCACUCCACAGCUGCAUCUAACACCGGAGCAUUGCCUCACCCUCAGAUGCUCCCAAUUGGUGAAAGUGGAGGUGUUCCAACUGUGCCUAUUGGUCAGAGUGUUAGCAUGUCGAGUAUGUCCAUAGGCCAAAGUGAAGGGGUGCCUGUUGGUCAGACAUUUUUGCAGCCCACUACCAUGGUUCCACAGGUAUCAGCAAGUGUACCUCAACAAUAUUUUCAGCCACAGACAUACCCAGCAGACACAUUUCCAUCUACCCGCUCCCCAUGGGUCAAUACCCCCCUCACAGGCAUACAUACCCCUGUUUCCCCACAAGCACCCAUUAAUGUUCUCACUACAUCCAUGUCAGUCAGUGAUCCUGCUGGACUAACGGGGACCAUUGUGCCCUCGCUCAACAGAGCCAACCCCCUGCCACUCCCAUGCAGCUCACUGACAUCACUCCCCAGACAGCACCCCAGCAAACACAGCCUGUCAUGCAACAUCCACAACAGCAGCCACAGCAGCAAAUGGAGGCCCAGGCCGCUCUGCUCGAACAACAACAAGUUAUUGCCGCUCAGCCUCAAACCGAACAUCAUCAACAGAGCCUUUACCAACAGCUGUCCAGACAAUUCACAUGAGCCUCAACAACAGUCUGUUGUACCUGUUCUGCCAACUCCUCAGCAACAAGUGUUACCUUCACAAACAGGUAGGGAGCAGCAAGCUAUGCCAUUACAACAGCCAGGAGAGCAACCUUCGACAUAUAUACAGCAUCAGUCAGGGGACCCCUGUGAGCAGACACUGAUACAAACACAACUGCAACAACAACUUCAGCAACAGCAAACCUUUUUACAACAGCAGCAGACGCAACAGCUCGGGCACCAGCAGCACCAACAGCAAGCUUUGAUGCUUGAUCAACAGCAGACAUAUAUCCAGCAACAGCUUGAUCAGCAGCAACAAAAAGUACUGCUUCAGCAGCAACAAACACAGCAGGCCCAGCUACAACAGCAUCAACUAGAGAAGCAACAGGCUCAUAUACAGAAACAACUGUUGGAUCAACAACAGCAGCAAGCUCUUAUUAAACAGCAUCAGGACCAACAGCAAGCACUUGUGCAACAACAACAGCCUCAACAAGCACUUUUACAUCAAUUAGAGCAACAACAACAGACUCCAUUAAAGACACAACAACAAAACCAGUUUUAUCAACAAAUUGAACAACACCAAGUUGCAGUACAGCAAGAAACACAGAAACAGCAAAGUGGACAGCAGCAGCAACAGAUUUUGCAGCAGCAAAAAGAACAGCAACUACAGCAGCAAGCCUUACUUCAGCAUGUGGAGCAACAACAACAACAAGCACUACUACAAAAGCACUUACAACAACAGGCUUUUUUACAACAACAGCAGCAGUUACAACAAGCUCAGCUUCAGCAGCAGCAACAAGAGCAGCAACAAGCUCAACUUAAGCAGCAGCUAGAACAGCAGCAACAGGCCCUGCUGCAACAACAGUUAGAGCAACAGCGUCAACAACAGGCACUGAUACAACAGCAGCAAGCAGAAAGGUUGCAACAACAGACUCUGAUGCAACAGAUUCAAGAGCAACAGCAGCAACAAGCAGCCAUCAUUCAAAUUCAACAAACUGAGAAACCAGAGGUUAUUUCUAUUCAACCAAGUCAUAUUGAGCAGCAAAUUCAACAGCAGCAAGCUGAUAUGCAGCAUGUGUGUAUUCCUCAAGUGAACACCACUCAGUUUACGCCACAUGCCAUUCUCACACAGCAGCAAAUAAUGGAGCAACAACAACAAGCAGCACUCAUCAAGCCACAGCAAACCUUUGUCGCUCAGCCACAGCAUACUGCCUCUGUAAUAGAGCCUCAUAUCCCAGUUGGACCUCAGUCUGGCUCUGAGGUGAUUCAGCACCGAACACAAACUGCUUCCCAGGCCCAGAUCCCCAUACCCAUUCAGACUGGGCAAGUCCCUGUUCAGACAUCUACUGUUAUUCCAGCUCAAGUCCUAGCUCAGCAAGGACAAAGUGAGGCUCAUCCCCAGAUCCAAGGACAAGGGCCACUUCAGUUUGUAGCUCAGUCUGCAACCCAAGUAACUCAGGCUACAAAUGAGGCCCAAGUAACUCCUCCAGAAGCUCUCAUCCAGGGACAGACACAAGCUAUCCAGACCCAGCAAAUGCCGUUACAGUCUAAUUACUCAGGCCUUGCUGCUCCUGCACAGAGCCAGGUGAGCGCCCAGUCUUUAAUCCAGACACAACCUCUGCAUUUAACUAUCAAUCAGCCAACACAUGGAACAAAUGUUGACCUUCACAGCCAGAUUGUUGUCCAGUCUUCAGCAGCAGUUGCCCCAAGUAAUGGUCAGAUCCAACAUGAGACUCCUGUUAAGCAAACUACUCAAAUGUCAGGACUCCUCCAGGGGCAGUUGCAAACUCAAGUUCAAGCUCAGCCACAACAACUGCACACUCAGGCUGCUGCUGGACUUUUGACCCAUCAGUAUAUCCCUCAGCCUUCUCACCAAGCUAUGCCAUCUGUACAGCAAGAUAUAGCUCAUAUUACACAGCAGCAACAGCCAGUGCUGCAGUUUCAGCAGAUGGUUCUAUCUCCUGGCUUAGCUGGAAGUGUUGGAACUAACACUUCUAGUCUGAAUCCUGCAGUUGACCCCGCAAACUUUAUCACCAGUCCUAAUCCUGUGCCGCAAACUGGACAGCCCUAUGUCUUAGGCCAAACAUUGGUUCCUCAGUAUCUUCAGGCCCAGCAGCAUCCUUUAGGAAGCACUGCUGACCCUGCAGUAAUUCAGCCAGUUUCUCAGUCUGCUGUGCCUCAACCUGCUGAGCAAUACCAACAACAGCUCCAAAAGCUUUCUCAAGUGCAAGUGCAGCAACCAGCACCUACACUAGCUCCACAGCAACCGUUGCCAGUAUUAACCCAGUUACCAGUCCAACCAAUACCAACUCCAAUUCAGCAACCAUCUCCUCAAAAGCAAGCACCUAUACCCCCUGAUGAAGGUCAGGUGCCGCUGCAGUGUCAGCCUGCUUCACAUCCAGUGACCCAUAUUACAGCGCAAAUAGUGUCAAGUAAUGUGGCUGAGCCUCAGUCCCAGAACAGGAACCUGCCUCUCUACAGUCAAGUUGUAGCAGGUGCACCUCCCUCUCCUCAGCAUCAUGCCAAGCAGUCCCUACCGGCUCACACACACACACAAACUAACAUUCAAGCCCAAACACACUCGCAGACACAGACACACGUCCAGACACAAGCUCAUUCACACACACAGACACACACUGAGGCACCCAUAACUGAACAGCCUGUUUUACCCCAUGCUGUUUUCCCUGCACAACAGUUGCCCCUCAGCCCCUCUCAUAUUUCAUGCCCGCCACCAUCACUACCAUCUCUCCCAUCUCUGCCAUGCAACCAUCCUGCUGCUGCCCCUGCUCCAGAGCUGCCAACAUCUCCACCAGCGGCCCAGGUAACCCUACCAGGGCAGGCCGACUUUAUACCCACCUCCCCUCCGCCUGUCACCACUUUAGAGUCGCUUGAUUCUAAUGCUCCCAUACUGCCCCAAGCCUCGCUUCAAGACUGUGACCUUUCCCUGCUGGGCAUUGCUCAGGAUGGCCCUUAUCUGUCAAGCAUAGAACAUCAUUCUUCAUCAGGGUCUGUACCACCUAGUGGAGAAGAUGCCUUUCAGCUCUUGGCCAAUGGGAAAUUAGAGAAAGUCAAGUCUCAGAGAAGAGCAUCUUGUCAGAAGCCAGAGAAAGUGUCUCAUCAGUUCCAAUUAAGCAUGCUCCAGGUGUCUAGCAGUGGGGACAAUAUGGUAGAAUGUCAGCUGGAGACCCACAGCAACAAGAUGGUGACAUUUAAAUUUGACAUUGAAGGGGAUGCACCUGAGGACAUAGCUGAUUACAUGGUGGAGGAAGACUUUGUUCUUGAUGUGGAGAAAGAAAAAUUUGUUGAGGAGCUAAGAGCCAUAGUUAAAAAAGCUCAAGAAAUUCUUCAAACACAUUCACAGACUGGGUCUACAGACCAGCUUCACGUGAGCACUCCAACUAGUGCUUCAGUGGACUCUGUGCCCCAUUCCUCCCCUGUGGGGCGGUGGCGCUUUUUUAUCAACCAGACCAUCCGCCACAGAGACUCUCUGUCCAAUCAGGGAGCCAUUACGCCACCGCCUGCUGUAGAAGCAAGGAUACCCCAGUCUUCAAACACAGAGACAGAAAGUGAAGGAACUCAGAAACCGGAGUCCUUGACUGGAAUGGCCUCUGCCCCCUGCCAAACAUUGUCUGCCACCUCCCCUCCAGUCUCCUCUGUCUCAGCCCCUGCCUCCAUGGCCCCAGCUACUGCUGCUUCUGCUCCUCACACCACUGCCUCUGAAAGCAUCUCUGCUCCUGCCUCCACUCUUGAGUGCUCUGUCCCUGUUACUGCUUCCACUGGUCUUGAACCAGUCCUCACCUCAAUCUCUUCUGACCAAAUUUCCAAUGUUACCUCAUCUGUAGCAGUGCCUGUUGCUGCCAGCCUCACCACCUUGCCUGCUGUUCCAAAUGUUGUUUCUCCCACACCCAGUGUCUUUCUUCCUGAAAUCCCCACAUCUCCUGGAAACAGUGGUUGCUCAAGCAUAGGUCAAAGUAUUGGAGAUACAGUCAUAACUGUUCCAAGGCCAUGUAUGCCUGCAGCAGAUCAUUCCUCAACCUCAUUUCAGUCCCCUCCUCCCACUGCCACAGUGACCUCUCCUCCAGUAAGUCAGCAUGGCCUGGAGCAGCAGCAGCAGACACUCGUUCAGAUGGCCAAGCCUGCUCCACAACAACCACAGUCACAACUACAACCACAGCUACAGCCCGCAGUACAGCAGCAGGUGCCAGCAAUUCAGCCACAACUUCCAGCAGUUCAGCUUGAACAGCAGGUUCAACGAGUACAAGUACCACCACAACAACAGCAAUCACAACAUAUAGUGCUCCAAGAACAACUUCAGCUGCAGCAAUCUCUCCAGCAGUUACAACAACAGCAACAAUUAAUACAAAAACAAUUACCACUCCAUCAACAGCUGACAGAGGUACAAAUGCUGCCUCUACCUGGUCAUACAGAGUUGUUACAACAGUCUGUGCCUCUGCAACAGUUUUUACCAACGUUACCCUUACAGCAAACCCAACAAACGCUUACUCAACAGCAAACACCUCAGUAUACCACACAGGUGCUACAGCAGCCUCAGUUAUCACAGUUACCACAGCAACCUAUGGCACCCCAAGCUGUAGUUCCCCAACAGCAGGCACAAGUUGAUCAGCAGAAACAACAACAACAGUUAAACCUUCAACAAACAAUGCAUUUACAACAACAGCAAAUGGUACAACAGCAGCUCCAGCAGCAGCAGUUGUUUAUGGGAGCAGUUACAUUAAAGCCAGAUCAAAGCCAAAUGAUGCCGAUAUCAAUGAGUCAACAGUUUCUUCAGCAACAGGCACAACUGAAUGUUAGCCCAAGUCCACAGCAGAUUCAACAACAAAUCCAGAUCCCUACUGAGACAGCUCAACAGCAUAUUCAGUCACAGAAACUUCUACAGCAGUUUGAGCAGCAGCCGGACACACCACAGAAACAGCAGCAGUUUCCCCUGCAGAAGCAGUCGUCUUUACAGCACUCAGAGUCAGAGGUGUCCACAGGAGAGACGAGCUUUACAGAGGACACUGGCAGCUACUCUGCCCCUCUGCACCCUUCGUCUGACUCGUCUCUGCCGCCUCUCCAACUAGGCACGGCUGAAGCACCUGUACCAUCACUUUCUCUCACUAUGACACCAUCUCCUGCUCAGCCUUCCUCUGUUGCUGAAUCAGACAGUGAGGGUCCCCCAAAAAUUGAAUUUGUGGACAAUCGCAUAAAGACUCUUGAUGAAAAACUGAGGAAUUUGCUUUAUCAGGAGUAUAGCAGCGGAACAGCAACAGUUACAGGAGGAGCUCCAUCUGCCCCAACCUCAGCAUCAGCUGCCUCUACGUCAGCAGGGGGAGAUGAAUCAUCUGAGCCACAAUCGGUUCACCCUGUGUCUUUUCCCCCACCUGCUUCAUCCUCAGAUACUUCCCCCCACUCAUCGUCCUCCACUACCUCUUCCACCACAUCCCGUUCAUCCUCUACCUCCCCUGAUCUAGAGAGGGAUGGAGGAGAGGAAGCCUCCUCAGAGUUUCCUAACUCCUUUGAGCUGGGCCCUGUGGAGCAUCAGCCUGGCCCAUUUGUCCCCUCGACUUCAGCCUGCUCUACCCCACCUUCAUCUCUAUUGCCUCUCAAUCAGGAUGACUCUACUGGGGCCCAGCGCCCACCUGUACCAGGAGAACCGAUGAUCCUUGCUGUACCCCCUCAAUCUGACACCAGUACUACUGGAGAUGCAUCGUGGCCCCCCAAUCAGCACCCGAUCCCCCUCCGGCAUGGACAGCAGCAGCACAAUGCAGGAGGUGGAUAUUUUGGCCUAAACCUGACAUGUCCUAGUAUCAGAAAUCCUGUUAGCAAGAAAUCCUGGACUCGCAAAUUCAAAAACUGGGCGUGCAAACUGCGUCACUCCGCCAGCUUGUUCAAGAAGCCCAGAGUCCAGCAAGUUUGGAUGGAUUUUAACACUCUGCCUUUGUGUUCGUGCCCCAUGUUUGUCCAUGUGCAUCUAUAUGUUUCUGUGUUUUCUUUCUGUACUCUUUCUCGUCAUCACUGUGGUGUUUAUUCUUGUGUCUCUGUGUUCUUGUCUCUGGGUCCUUGUCUUCCCUUUUUGUUUUUCAUUCCCAUCUCUUCAUCAGAUGGACGGUCCUGCAGUCAGACUCUUAGUGAGGAGAAGGAGGUGACCCCCCUAAAUCCACCAGAGUCACGCAAAGGACGAUUUCAGGUGACUCCAGUGGUACAGUCCUCUCCCCCAAAAGACACACCAUCAGGCCAUGGGAGUACUCACAGGAAAGUGGGUCGAUUCUCUGUAACACAGGCUGAGACAAAGAAAGAAGACAGACAUACGGACAGUUCCCCAGUGUCUCCUGAUUUGGAGAGGGAGAGGAGGAAAUCUCGUGCAAAAGAGGGGGAGAAAGAAGAAGGUAAGAGGACCCCAGCAAUGCCUCGAGGACAUGGGCACAGCCACUCACCCUUGGGCAGUAGUGAUGACGAUGAAAGUGAGCUGGAGGAUGAAGACUUGAGGAAAGAACUACAUAAGCUUAGAGAAAAGCACAUCAAAGAGGUGGUAUCCCUGCAGGCCCAGCAAAACAGAGAGCUACAGGAACUUUACCGUCAACUUCGUUCCCUCAAAGAUCAACGGCAGAGUUUGCCUGUCCCUUUGUCCCGAACCCCACCUCUUCCAACAGCACCUCCUGUCCUGUCACCUCGCAGGCCCAGACCUGCCAAAAUCAAGCUCCGGCAACGGCCUCACUCUCACAUGGAUAACAACGGACUUACACAUUCUGGGAUUCAGCAGUCAAGUAGCUUCUCAGGUGGUGAACAGAGUAGACUGCCCCUUUACUGCAACCCGGAGCACCGCACCUCACUGCCUGCUAAAAGAGAUCACAGUCCUCUAAGGAAAAGCACAUUCACAGAUGAACUGCACAAACUUGUUGACAAUUGGACAAAGGACACAGUGGGCCCUGCCCCACCCAAGCCUUCAUUGAAUCAAAUAAAGCAAAUCCAACAAGUGCAGGAGUUUGGAGGCUGGAGCCAGCCCUCUGAGGCUCCAGCAGGUUGGUUUCCAGUGUCACCAAUGAACCCACAGGCCCCUACAGCCCCUGCCAGUCUGCCGGUGGCAGCCCCUUCCCAUUUUGCAGGGGGAGGUAGCCUGUCUACUCUGCACUCUCCGGGACCAACAUCACAGACGCACGUGGCUCAAGUGCCGCAGAUGCAGCAAAGUUUACACCUCCAUCAGUCUCUCCCUCUUCAGCAGCUGACCUAUCAGCAGUCCCCUCUACGCCAGCAGAUCCCACAGCCCCGGAUGCAAACACCCAUACUGUCUCAGUCACAACCACAGACUCAACCCAUCACCCAACUGCCCCAUUCACCACCUCAGAGCCAACCGCUGUUGCCUUCCCAGUUGCCCACAUCUCCAGUUUCCACUGCUGCACCUCUGCUGACUGGCAGUAGCACCAGUGCAUCCACAGAAAGCAGUGCUGCUACUGGAGGGACAUUUUGCUCCUGUUCUUCGACCCCAUCCACAUGCUCCUCUGCCUGCUCUACUGCUGCUGCUCUACCUUCUAGUGCCAAAAUUCACCCAACACCCCCAACCUCUACUCUUCCUCUAGGACAGAAAUAAAACCAAGACAAAGUGUGAGGUCAACGUGGAGACAUGUGAGAUGGAAAUACUAGUUGGAACAAGACGUAAAGCGAACCCAUUCAGAAUGUUAGUUGUGUGUGUAUGAGAGAGUUGUGACUGCAAAGAAUCUGUGGAUACCAGUGUGUUUCUGGAUGAGACGGGGAAUGAAUGUGAAAGAUGAAAAUGAGCGAUUUUAGCAUGUACAGACAGAGGCUGGCAUGAAACAUAGCAGCUGGGGUUUAUGAAUAAUGAUAUGUUUGGGUGUUGAGAUGUAUAAAUUCUUGAAGGUAUGAAUGUGUGCAUUUAUGAGUGUGAAUGAUUGGAUUAUCCCAGUACAUAUCCCUCAUGUCUUUUGACACAAACUUAGCUUUUUUUUUUUUGUUUGUUUUUUAACCAACUCAGUUGGACCUGAACUCUCCCUAAGCAGAGACAUUAUAAGGACAAAAUAUUUGACAAUGUGUUGAUGUUUUUCGUUUACUUAGUCACUGCUUACAGUGAAAGGACUAUCAAUUUUAAAAGUGCAAUUAGUAAUGGUCAUCUAAAUUGAUCAGCAUGUAUUGUAAUGAUUUGUCUGUAAGGCAUACAAAUAUUUUUGUAGAAGUACACUGAUGAAAACCAGAUGCAUAGAUGAUCUUUUCCUGAUCUUUUAAACUACAGACCUACAAUACAAGGUGUUACAAUAGGCAAUGGAAAAAAAAAAAACAGCAGCAUGUUAUAAUGUAGAGCACGCUCAAGUUAUUUGGCUACCAUAAUUACCACAAUGUGACCAACCACACUGUUCCGGUGUAGUGCACAGGUACAGCAUGUGCUUAGUUUGUAUAAUUUUAUUUUUAGCGAUUGUAAGUUAGAAACUGUCUGAAUUAAAAUGAGUCAUGUGAAACAAUUUUCAUAAUAAGAUGGUAAAUUGAGCUAUGCCGUCUGAAGUUCAGUGGAUACCUGGGUAUACUCAGACUGCAUGACCUUAUGACUAACCUGACUUACCCAAGUGCAAACUGCUUUGCAGUUACUGCUUCAUAUGUUAAUGAAAUCCACAUUUACUCCCACAGAACUGAGCCUACAGAGACCAUUUAUCACUCACAGAUGAAUUGGCUACAAUACGAUAUGCUUUUACAAUAGACAUUUUGCUUUUAGUGUGAGAACUGCAUAUCAGAGUAUAUCAUGGGUGUCAUGCUGAAGAAAAAGAUUUUUUUUUUUUUUUAAACUGCCAAGUUAUGACAGACUGGGGAGACCAUAGGGGUUAUUCCUGAAUUGCCUUUUAAAGUUACUGCAUUUUUGUGAGCGUGUGAGUGUAUAUUUUUUUCUGUGUGACAAAGGUUUGUGGUAGUCCCAUGGUUUAUUGCAUUUACACUAUGUUUCCCUGUUAUUUCAUUUAAAGCGGCCUCUCAAAUGUCACUGUACCCAAAUGAAAAUGUUUACUCUGCCCAUGUCUUGGGCUUGUUUCCUCAGGAAACAAAACAAGUGAAAACUUAAAUCAUAACUUUGAUGUCAGACACUGCAAUGAGGUCGUCACUCAACUCUUUGUUGGGCUCGUUUGGCGCUGUAUGGAUUCUUUAUUUCAACUUUGAAAUAUUUAGUCUUUGACUGUAGGCUGUCAGUAUGAAUGAGUCUGUUAUAAGAUGACCUGUGGGCCAUAAAAUAUGCUUUAUGCACACUGCAAAAGGUUUACUUAAUUCAAAAAUGUUCCAUUCCUCUAUUUCUAAAUUUGCUUCACUUUUAAAAGUAGAAAUACAGAUAUAUAUUGUCAGAAAUACAUUUAUUGGGUCAACAGUGCACUUAGCCAUACACACAUUUGACCAGCAGUAGUCAGAUGUUAAUACAUUUUUUAAACAUUUUUUUUUGGCAUAAUGAGUAGACUGUAGUUAAUGCAGCAACUCUGUUCUUGAAGAUAGAGAGAGUGUGUUACACAGGUUCUUAAAGGCUGCUAAGUGUAAGUCAAAGGCAUUUUAAACAGGAAUUGUUGAUGAGGAAUAGUUUGUGCUAAAGGGCAUGGUUGUUCAGAAGCUGCAGUUGCAUAAUCUAGAAGAUAACAGUGGUUUUCCGUAUUUGUUGCUUUCCAAGACAACCCACAUUUUCACAAAGAUGUAGUUCAUUAUUAGUGAAGGUGAGAUACUGUGCUGUCAUGUCUUGAUACUAACAUGUUGACCACAAGCUACAGCUUGAUGAUCAUGAUUCAUGAUGUGGGGCUGGCUUUGUCCUUGAGGUGUUACCAAAAUGUUAUCUAAAAGAUAAAGAUUAUUUUUGUAUUUUGAAAUGGGGUUGUACAAAUUGUAAAAUUGUGUACUCAUAAAUCAGAGGUUAUUUAAAUCUAGAAAACAUUGGUUGUCAUUCCUGUUUACAUGGGACUCCCCUGCUUUUAUAUACCCUUCUGAGUCUUGACACACCAGGGUCAUUUAAGAUUAUAUUUAAAGUUUUUUUUUUGGCAGUUUUGAAUUAUAUAUUUAGUUUUAAACCAUAAUAACUAAGAAGCUAGAUAACAGAAUGGCACCAGCUGUAUUGAAGGUAAAUAAACUUCCAAAUUAAUAUGUCAAAUUUCUGGGGAGUCUCAAAAUGGCAAGACUGAGGACCAAUGAUAAACAGACAUAUGGGCAGAGAAACUUAAAAAUGAAGUAUGUUACUGGUGAUUUAGCCUCUGUAAAUUGUGACUAAUUCAACUGUUGAUUUUAUUUAUGUUUUGUAACUAAUCAAAAUAAAUGAUGGACUUAAA